AUGUAUUAUGAUGAUAGUCAAAAAUGGUCUCGUAAUGGAAGUUUCAACAGUAAUUGUAGAAGUAUGAAUUCAAGCUAUGGUAGUGGUGAUAUUAAUUCCUUAAUGGAACUCACUGACGAGCACGUUUUACAUUUGCUCGAUCAAGCUAUUGAUCAUCACGAUAAUUAUAAUUCAAUGAGUGCAAGACGUUAUCUACCACAAAUUCCUUCUCAAUCAGCAGCAAUGUCAACAAAUGAUCAAUCUCAAUUAUCAUCUCAUUCAGCUAUUGAGGAUUUAUUUCAAAUAUUUGAAAAUAAUACUGAAUUUAUUACAAGAGGAAAACGUUUAUUAAAUAAAAAACGAAAAUUAGAACAAUUACGAGCACAACUUAAUUUACCGGAAGAUUUAACUAAUGAAGAUACAAUAAAAUUAUUACAAUUAAGAGAACGUCUUAAAGCAAAACGAAGACUUCCUAAUGUUUUUCUCGAACCAGAAAAGCCGCCAUCAGUGAAUAAAGAACUAACAACAAUUAAUCGAAAAUCAUCAGUUAGUAUGCCUGAUCUCACUCCAACAGCAUUAGCUGAUACAACAAAUCAAUCAUCAUUAUUUGAUCUAAAUGCUUCAUUAAAUAGUUCUGUCUAUCGAAAACGACGACGAAAAUUGCUUUUUCGAAAACAAGUUGGACCUGAAUUUGUUAUACAAUCUGAUAGUAAAGCUGAAAAAAUCAUAGUUCCUAGUCGAAAUCCAUUUGAAUGCAUAUGUCAAGUUGUUGUUCUUCUUCCAAAUAAUAAUCGCGUACAAGUUUGUUGUAAAUCAGAUGCUACUGUACGAAUUAUCUAUGAAACAAUUGUAACUUAUGUUGAUUUAAUUGAACAUGAUCUCUUUGGUCUUAUUAUUCUAAUCGAUGGUGAAUAUUUUUUUCCUGCAAUGGAUCUUAAAAUAUCGAAAUUAAUAAAUGAUUCAAAAUGGAAAACUGGUCAAACAACAUUUGUUAUGCAAUUAAAAAUAAAAUAUUUUGUUAAUGAUAUUGCUUUACUUAGACAUUUUCUUACACAACAUUUUUUUUAUUUACAAUUUCGACAAAUGAUUCUUGCUGAUACAUUUCAAACAACAAAUGAACAAAAAUUAUCAUUUGCAACAUUAGCUUAUCAAGCUGAAUAUGGUGAUUCAAAUAAUAAUGAUAAAUUAUCAACUGACUUUAUUGUUGAACAUUAUGCAUCAAAUGAUUUAAUUAAUCAGUAUGGUAUUCCAAAUUUAAGACAAGAAAUUAUCAAACGACAACAUUUUUAUGCUGAAUUAAAUGAUGUACAAGCGGAACAAUCGUUUGUAGAAAAUGUGAUGAAAUUAGACAAUUAUGGUUAUCAUAUGUAUAAAUUAUAUAAAGAUUUAAAACGUGAUGAUAUAUAUCUUGUGGGUAUACGUUUACGAGAUAUAUCAAUUUGGCAAUUAAAAAAUCGACAACGACAAACAAAAUUAACCUAUAUUUGGGAUCAAAUUGAACGAAUAGCUUAUGAUAAAAAAUCAUUUUCUAUUAUACUUAAACGUCAAAUAAAUGAAGGAAAAAUUAAAUAUUUAACUAAUAAUAGUAAAAAAGGAAAACAUUUAUUUAAUUUAUGCUAUGAUACAUAUACAUAUACAAAAUCCAUUCUACUUCGUCAUAAUAGUCGAUAUAGCUUAUUAAAUGAACCGAUUGGUGAAAUUGACUUUGUUCGUAAUGGCUCCGAUGCCGAAAGUGUUGAUCAGAAUCCUGAUCAAAACCGAUCACAAUCACAUGAAAAUUUAAGUACAUUAGGAAAGAAUACAUCAACGAACUCACCUUCAAUUAUUAUUUAUGAAGUUGAUUUAUAUAAAGAUAGUAAUAAUAGUUUGGGUAUGUCACUUAUGGGUGAUUUAGCAUCCGGAAUUUUUAUUAAAUCAGUUCAUCCAAUUGAUGGAAGUGCAGCACGAUCCGGAAAAAUUCAAACAGGUGAUCGACUUUUAUCAUACAAUGGAAAAAAUGUUAACAAUAUGACUGUACAAGCAGUAGCUGAGGCUCUUAGUCUAUCACCAAAUCCUUGUCGAUUAAAAUUGUCAAGACAUGAAAUUCCAACAUUAAAUCGACGAGAUUAUUUACAACGGCCAAUGAGUGUUGAUGCUGAUUCUUUUCUGCAACAACAAAAACAUAAUAAAAAUUCAUCAAAUACUUUAACAACAUGGUCACAUGAGAAUUUUUCAAAUGUUAUACCAUCAAAACGUGUUCUAUCGAAUGAAAGUAUUCUGACACAAGCAUCUGAUCUUUCAACUGCACAUGAUAUAAAAAGUGCUGUAUUUCCUGUAACUAUUGAUAAAUCGGGUCAUAAUAGUCUUGGUUUUCUUGUUGUUGGUGGUCUUGAUUCAGAAAUUGAAGAUCAUGGUAUUUAUGUUAAGAGUAUAACACCGGGUGGUGCUGCUGCAAAAUCAAAAUUAUUAAUGGAAGGUGAUAAAAUCUUGGAAGUAAAUGGUGCAUCAUUAGCACGUGUAACACAUUCUGAAGCUGUUGAAUUAUUUCGUCGAGCAACAGGACCAAAAUGUCAUUUACUUGUUCAACGACUUAUUUUUCCAAAUAAUUUACGUUCAUCAUCAAGAAACAAAAUUUAUCCAUUUGCUCGUUCAGGUAUAAAAUUUAAAUUAAUAAUUAAACGUACUAUAUACAUAUAUGCUAUGAUUAUUUUAGAGAAUACAUUUGAAGUUUUUCUCAAUCGUGGUCCUAAUGGUUUAGGUCUUAGUUUAUCAGGUGGAGUAGCUGAAAGUAGACCUGUAGAAAUUAUUGAUAUUUAUCCAAAUCAACCAGCUGCUUUAUCAGGUCAAUUAAAUAUUGGUGAUAUUGUUUUAUCAAUUAAUGAUGUUUCUAUGCAUAAUCGCAAUGUUCGAGAUGUACCAUCGAUAAUUGCUGAAUCAUCUGCAAAUGUUAAACUUGUAGUUUGUCGACCUGAUCGUCGAGAAUAUCAAGCUUAUUUGGAUCGUCAAAUGAAUAGUCUGAGUCAGUCAGGUCGAUCAACUAUGCCUGGAUUUAUGUAUAAUGAUCAAACUCGAUCUCCAAAGGAUCCACUUCGUGAUUUACCACCAAAAUCACCUGGUAGUAGACGUGUGAUGCCAAAAGUACCAACAAAAGUUAAACGUGGUGAGGUGUUUGCUGUGAUAAUGAACAAAGAAAAAGAUAGUGGUUUUGGUUUUACCUUAUCAGCAGGUUCAACAUCGAUCGGAUAUCCACAUAUUCGAUCGGUAUUACGUGAGCCUGCUCUAUCAGCUGGAUUAAAACAUUGGGACCGUAUUUUAGCAAUAAAUGAUGCAGAUUGUCAAACAAUACCACAUCGUGAUCUUGUUGCACGUCUUCGUUAUGCACCAACAGGUCCUGUGCAUUUUAUUAUUUAUCGACCACGUAUUGAUGAAAUUGUACAUGCAAAAGAAAGAAGUCGACAAUUACAAAAUACAUCCUACGCAUCAAUAAGUGUUGGCGAUCAAUCUGCAACAAGCAUUUCUGCUCCACCAUCACCUGUCAUGCCUAUUAAAUCUAGUAAAUCUGAAUUAUUUAAUAAACCAGUGCAAUAUGAAAAAAUAGAAAUAUCAUUGCCUAAAGCUUCUCAGGGAACGUAUGGUAUUGGUCUUAGUCAAAUUGAUCCUCAACAAACACUUGGUGGUAUAUUUAUAUGUGCUCUUCAACCAAAUGGAAUUGCUGAAAAAGAUGGACGUUUAAAAAUUGAUGAUCGGUUAUUAUAUAUUAAUGAUCAAAAUACUGAUCAAAUGACUUAUCGUGAAGUUGUCGAAGCAUUAAAAGAAACAACAAAGAAAGGUGUUAAUUUAAUAAUUGCUAGACCAAUAACAGAUGCUUCAACAUCGAAUAAACCAAAUAUCAUUUCGGAUAUAGAAAUUUCCACGACACAUGAUGAAAUCGCAAUGCCUGUAGAAACAUCACCAGCUAUUGCUUCAUCAGUUAUUGAAAAAUUGAUACCACGUGAAAAACCAAAAUUACUUCCAUUAAUAAAUACUGAAAAAACACAAACAGUAGCUGCUGCUACGACUUUAACACCUGAUUCUAUUGACAUAUCAACAUCAUCGUCAUCUUCAACGGGCGCUGUUGUCACUUCUACUGCUGUACUAUCAUCUUUACCACCAGGUUCUGCAUUACAAGCUUUGAUUGGUAAAAAAAUCAAAUCAGUACCAUCAGCAAAUUUUGAAACGAUAACAGAUAAAAACCAAUCAACUAACGAAGAGAAAAAAGAUUCUCCAGUUUCCAAUACAGAUAUUGAUGAAGAUACAAGUGAUAUAAAAACGCCAUUAAUGAGUCCUCAAUCACCUAUAGCACCGUUGCCAACAAUACUUGAAUUAAAAGUACCACCAACUCAUUCAAAAACAUUAUCAACAUCUCAAUCAAAUGAAAUUGCUAAACGAAAACAAUAUUAUGAACAAGCUGCAUCCAAUGAAACUUUAAUACUUAAUGCUGGUGUUACUGAAAAGAUUGAAAAUUUAACUACGCAAUUAAUCGAUAAAAUUAGUACACCAGCUAUCAAUAUGGAUACAACAACACUAAUGGAUGAAUGUCGUGAAAUCGAUAUAAAAAUCGAUUCUGAUGAAUAUUUAGAAGAAUUUCGAGCAUUAAAAACUAUCAAUGAGCAUGAACCAAUUGAAUUAACUUCUAUAGCCAUGCAACCUGAAAAUAAAGCAUUGAAUCGUUUUCAAAAUAUAGUUCCAUAUGAUUUUAAUCGUAUUAUACUUUCAACAAAACCAGAUUAUAUUAAUGCAAGUCAUAUAGCAAUACCUAUUGGAGAUAAAUCAAUGAAAUAUAUUAUUUGUCCACCACCAGUACCUGAUAGUAUUAAUGAUUUUUGGCAAAUGAUUGUAGAACACCGUGUUCAAUCUAUGAUUGGUAUAUUUAAUGAACAAGAUUUAAAAAAAAUGAAAUGUCCUAUUUAUUGGCCAACAACUAUUAAAGCAACAAUGACACUUUCACCAUUUUUAUCUUUAACAUUAAUAAAACAUCGUCAAUUCGAUGGUGGUAUUGAUAUAAAAGAAUUUCGUAUUCGUAUUAGUGAACAAUCACAUCAUAAACAUGAACAUUCAGUUAUAUUUUUAGCAUAUACUAUAUGGCCUAUGGAUGAUAAUAUGCCACAUGAUACACAAUCAUUUCUUAGUCUUAUACAUUUAGCACAUUCAUAUCAAACAAGUGAUACACCAUUAUUGAUUCAUUGUAAUACAGGUGUUGGACGAACAGGAUGUGCUUUGUUAAUAAGUUUACUUUUAAUUAAAACAAUACGUGGAAGAACAUUAGAUAUUUAUUCAAUGGCUAAAGAAUGUCGACGUCAACGCUGUGGUAUUAUUCAAACUGAACAACAAUAUCGAUUUAUUUAUGAUUGUGCACGUGAUGCACUCAAUAUGGCUAUCGAACAUUCAAUCAUGCAAAAUGCACAAUAA